AGAAUAUGGCCCAAGAAGUAUUAGAGAAAGAAGCAGAGAAGUUCAUCAAGAGCACCAAAUUCAUGGAGGAGUCAUAUGACUUUGUAAACAAAGAGAGGUUUGGACUCUUCUCACAGCCUGGCUCGCUUGCUCUCGGUGAAAAUACUUAUGCCCCACCCAAACUUGCUCACAAGGAUGAAGAUGGAAGAGUAGUCACAGAGCCUCCGAACUUCUUAACUACUAAGGUGAAGAAAGGGAAUAUAGACCAAGUUCUAUUCUCUGAACCAGGAUAUAUUACGUCUGGAGAUCCUUACUCAGAUAAAAAGCUUACAAUGAGGGAGCCUAAAAAGGAUGGCUAUAAAGUAGUAAGCGAUCAUGCUUUUAAACCUGCAAAACAAAUACCUGAACCAGUAAAGUCAGCUUAUGAACACAUGCAAGCUGAUGAGCAUGUCAAGAAAAAUCAUAGAGAUGCCGAUGGAGCAGUCAUACUUGCUCCCAGAAACUUUACAACUACUGGUGCUAAGCAAGGAAAUCCAGCAACUACUCCAGGAGUACUCUUCGAGAAAGAGUACUAUCCUCAUAUGAAGGAUGAAUAUGAUAGGAGAAAGGAGCUUGCAUCUGAAGAGUUAAAGGAAAGUAAGAAAAAGAUGCAAGAAAAACCAUUCAGUCAGAGAAUCAAGCCUGUGGAAACCUUUAAUAAUAUUGAGCAGACUUAUGGAGAAGAGGGACUCAAAUUUCCAAAGAAGAAACCACCAAGAAAAGCGAAGCCUCAAGUUGAGCAUCCAGGACCUUUUAAGCCAAGUAACCCUGGGAAGAAAGGGGCUACUGAUAAAACUAUACAGCCAUUUCCAGAAUACUUAGAUGAUAAGAAAGCUCUUGAGGAUCCAAAUUAUGGUAAACCUACACAGAAGAAGGUGAAGAAAGAUGAUGAGAGACCUCCGUGGAAGCCUAAUACAUUUGUUAAGUCAAGGCCUACCCCAAGUGUAGUUACGAACCUUAGGAAUAUUCGUUCAUGCCUUCCCACAAUGAUGAGGAGAUAAUACCAGCAUUAUUCAAUUUAGUUGA